GUUAAAAUGGCGCAGCUGAACCGAGAAAGCUUCUCUUGUUCCAUCUGUCUGGAUCUCCUGCAGGAUCCCGUGGCUAUCCCCUGUGGACACAGCUACUGUAUGAGCUGUAUUCAGACCCACUGGGACAAAGAGGAUGAGAAGAAGGCCUACAGCUGUCCUCAGUGCAGGCAGACCUUCACACCCAGGCCUGUCCUGGGGAAACACACCCUGUUAGCAGGUUUAGUGGAGGAGCUGAAGAAGACUGGGCUCCAGGCUGCUCCUGCUGAUCGUCUCUACGCUGGAGCUGAAGAUGUGGCCUGUGACGUCUGCACAGGGAGGAAACUCAGAGCCCAGAAGUCCUGUCUGCAGUGUCUGAUAUCUUUCUGCCAAAUGCACCUUCAGCCUCACUAUGACAUACCUGCAUAUGCAAAACACAAGCUGACGGAGCCGUCCAGGAAGCUCCAGGAGAACGUCUGCUCCCGUCAUGAUGAGGUGAUGAAGAUGUUCUGCCGCACUGAUCAGGAGCUGAUCUGUUAUCUCUGCUCCGUGGACGAGCACCGAGGCCACGACACGGUCUCAGCCGCAGCAGAACACACCGAGAAGCAGAGAGAGCUGGAGGUGAGUCGACAAAACAUCCGACAGAGAAUCCAGGAUAGAGAGAGAGAUGUGAAGAUGCUUCAAGAGGAGGUGGAGGCUGUCAGUCGCUCCGCUGAUGAGGCUGUGGAGCACAGCCAGAAGAUCUUCACUGAGCUGAUCCGUCUCAUGGAGAAACGGCGCUCUGAUGUGGAGCUGCAGGUCCGAUCUCAGCAGGAAACUGAAGUGAGGCGAGUCAAAGAGCUCCAGGAGAAGAUGGAGGAGGAGAUCACUGAGCUGAGGAAGAGAGACGCUGAGCUAGAGAAGCUCUCACACACAGAAGAUCUUAACCAGUUUCUCCAUGACUAUCCAUCUCUGACACAACUCAGUGAACCUACAGACUCAUCCAGCAUCACUGAACAUCCUCUGAGAAGCUUCAAAGAUGUGACAGCGGCUGUAACCGAAGUCAGAGACAGACUACAGGACCUUCUGGGUAAGAAAUGGACAAACAUCGCACAGACAGUGACUGAGGUGGAUGUUUUACUGUCAGAACCAGAGCCCAGGACCAGAGCGGAUUUCUUAAAAUACGCACGAGACAUCAGACUGGAUCCAGACACAGCGAAUUGGCUGCUGUUUUUAUCUGACAGAAACAGAAGAGUAACUAUUGAGGAGGAGGAGCAGUCUUACACCUUUCACCCAAAGAGAUUUAUGGAGUGGCGGCAGGUUCUGAGCUCAGAGAGUCUGACUGGACGCUGUUACUGGGAGGUGGAGUGGAGCGGAUUUGGUCUUCGACUAGCCGUGGCUUACAACAGUAUCAGCAGGACGGGCAGCAGGAAUGAAUGUGGAUUUGGACAAAAUAACAAAUCCUGGGGAUUAGACUGUGACACCGACAGUUUCAGCUUUUGGCACAACAAUGUGGAAACCCCCGUUUCAGGUCCUCGGUCUUCAAGGAUUGGAGUGUACCUGGAUCACAGAGCAGGUAUUUUGUCCUUCUACAGCAUCUCUAAACGUAAAAACAUGACUCUCCUCCACAGAGUCCGGACCACGUUCACUCGGCCUCUACAUGCUGGACUCUGGUUGCGAUAUUUAGAUCCUGGACUCACAGCUUUGCUCUGCAAACUCAAAUAGACAGGAUGGCAGAUAGAGUUCUGAAUUUUAAUUAUGAGACUAUUUAGGGCCUUUCCACAUGGAGACGAAAACGAUGUGGUUUAGUUUUGAAAAAUUUUUCGGAAAAGACGGAAUCUUUUCAGGAAAUAUCUGCAUAAACACGGAACCACUGAAACGACUGAAAACGAUGUAGUGCAUAUGCCAAGCCUGUAAGUGGCGCUGUAAUGCUGCCACGGAAAUGCACCAAAAGAGAGAAGAUUAUGGCGCAUGCAUAUAAAGGUUUUGUGUCGUAUACAGUUUUGUUUUGGUCAGACCCGCGCAGGCGCCUUAAGAGAGCUACGCUGUGUGUGACGUAAUCAACCCGUUUUCAAAAAGUAUCAUUUACAGUCACCCAAAAUGCCGUUUCCGUGUGGAUGAUACGCCGAUAUGACAAAAACCUUUUGCAUAUACACCUGAAUUAAUUUCCGUGGGGGCGGGGCCUCAGUCCAAGUUUAUGGGUUGUACUUUGGCAUCCUCUCUUCUGUUCUGUAAAUGUUUGAGCUGUAUAUAUAACCCUAUAUGAUAAGACUUUCUGUUGACUUUCCAGGCCGGAAACGGUUGUUAAAAAUUUGCACUGAUGUAUUUGUUUGGAUCAUGUGAGAAAAAAAAAAUAUCUGAUGUUCCUUUAGUGAAGAUAUUGUUCUUUUAAGUUUGGGGGUCAGUUUCUCUCCCUGAGCAUUUAAACCAGUGAUUAAGCUUAUUUUUUUUUAUCUGUCUGGGAUGCAAAAAAUUCUUUGACAUCUGGGUUUUUAUAUCUAAAAGACAAAGACAUUCGAAGCUGCUGAGAUGAAGCAAAGAUUAGUGUUAAGAUGAAAUCAGGAGUAGAGUUUUUCACAUAGAAAUGUUCAUCCAAGAGUGAUGAGACGUGUCAGAGUACUGCCAUUCUGAGGUACAUGUUAUAAAAACGUUUAAAUAUUAUCUCUAACCUCUGAAAUGUUUCUAAUGUUCCUGCAUAAUCACUCCAGCUGAGCUGGGUGUGUGAAUGCUUAGUGUUUGUGGGAUAGCGUGUUGCAGCCAUCACCCUAGGGUGCAGGAGUGCAGGAUUAUAUCGGCAGCAUUAGGAGCUGAAUAUCUAACGUGAGACAUCACUACUCAGUGCAUUUACAGGAGGGACUCAGCAGCCCCACCCACAGAACUGGCUGGGCCCUAAGAAAGCUGAAGAACAGGCCCGCCCCAGCUUUGAGUCAUCGAUGAUUUCACAGUGUGUCAAGUUGUUCUUCGGUUCUGAUGUUGGAGUGAUUUAUUUGUGGCACUUUUUAACGCUUUUCUCCAUCCAUUAUUGCAACAUCUUUUUGACACUUUGAACCCAUUUUCACAGAUCUCUGACACUUUUUUAACCACUUUUUGGCCAAAUUUGCAUUUUUUGUUUUUUUUACAUUUUUUGUCACUUUUUGCUAAUAUCUGUGACAUAUAUUUACUUUUUUCCCGUUUUAACUGCUUAUUGACAUUUUCUUGCCAUUUUUUCUUUUUUUCCACUCUUUGCCAUUUUCAGCCUAUUUCUCUCAAUUGUUUGACACUAUUUGCCUGUAUCUGCAACAUCUAUUUGCCAAUGUUUUUCUAACUUUGGCUGCCCUCUGCCAUUUUUUGCCACUUUUUGCUAAUUGCUGCAAAAUCUAUUUACUUUUUCAUGCUUUAAGUGCUUAUUGACAUUUUCUUGCCAUGUAUAUUUUUCCACUUUCAGCCUAUUUCUCUCAAUCUUUUGACACUAUUUGUGCGUAUCUGCGAUAUCUAUUUGUACAUUUUUUUGCUUACUUUAGCUGCCUUCUGCCAUUUUUUGCCAUUUUUUUUUUUUCUUACUUUUGUGCCACUCUUAUCCUAUUCUUGCCUCUUUUCCCCGUUUCUGACACCUUUUUGGCCACUUUUGCCAGUUUUUGCUGCAUUUAACCCAUUUUAAUUCUUGCUGGCUAUUUCUUCCUACAUUUGUAUCUUUUUUUGCCAAUUUUCACCCCUUUUGUCAAUCCUUCUUGCCACCUUACCCAUUUUUGCCACUUAUUUGCAACUUUUCACCCAUUUUUAAUCAUUUUUAUUCAUCAGAAUCACCUUAUUUAUUGCUUUUUGACCAUUUUUGCUGCUUUUCACCAAUUUUUAUCCA